UAACCUCUUUACAUUUUUCUCAACCAACAAAUAAAAAUAAGGCCCCUUUAAACUUUUUUGUUUUGAUAUUGGGGUUCAUAAUCACUACUUUGUUUUAACAAUGGAGAUUCCGAAUGUGAAAGUGAUCGGAAAAGCCCACGUCAAGCCCAAGAAGGACAUAGGAAGAAAAGAAUGUCAACUAGUGACCUUCGAUCUCCCUUAUUUGGCUUUCUACUACAACCAAAAGUUGAUGUUUUACAAGGGAAACGACAACUUCGAGGGUACUGUUGAGAAGCUUAAAGAUGGACUCAGUGUCGUUUUGGUGGAUUUCUACCAACUGGCUGGGAAGCUUGGGAAAGACGAGGAAGGAGUGUUUAGAGUGGAAUACGACGAUGAAAUGGAAGGAGUUGAGGUCGUUGAGGCUUUGGCUGAUGAGAUUAGUAUUGAUGAUCUCUUAGUGGAGGAAGGUACAUCUAGCUUGAAGGGUUUGAUUCCCUACAAUGGUGUCCUUAACUUGGAGGGCAGUCACAGGCCUUUAUUGGCAAUUCAGGUAACCAAAUUAAAGGACGGGAUUGCGAUCGGGUGUGCUUUCAACCACGCGAUCCUAGAUGGAACCUCCACGUGGCAUUUCAUGAGCUCAUGGGCCGAGAUCUGCAGUGGGUCCGUCACCAUAUCGGUCCCACCGUUCCUAGAACGCACCAAAGCCCGAAACACGCGCGUGAAGCUCGACCUCUCCCUACCCCCGGACUCACAUGCUUCAUCCAACGGUGAUGCCAAAGACACGAAGGCAUCAUCCAACGGUGAUGCCAACCCUGGGCCACAACUAAGAGAGAGAGUAUUCAAGUUCUCUGAGGCUGCCAUCGACAAGAUCAAAUCAACGGUCAACUCAAACAACCCUCCAUCGGACGGCUCCAAACCGUUCACCACUUUCCAAUCGCUCUCCGCCCAUAUUUGGAGGCACGUGACCCAAGCACGUGAGCUGAAACCCGAGGACUACACGGUGUACACCGUAUUCGCCGACUGCCGAAAACGGGUCGACCCGCCCAUGCCCGAUAGCUACUUCGGGAACCUGAUUCAGGCGGUGUUUACCGUCACGGCGGCGGGGCUUCUCCUGGCGAAUCCGGUGCAGUUUGGAGCUUCGACCGUCCAGAAGGCGAUUGAGGCGCACGACGCGAAGGCGAUCAAUGAUCGGAACAGCGAGUGGGAGCAAGCGCCGAAGAUAUUCCAGUACAAGGACGCGGGAGUGAACUGUGUGGCGGUGGGAAGCUCGCCGAGGUUCAAGGUCUACGAGGUGGAUUUCGGGUGGGGGAAGCCGGUGGGUGUGAGGAGCGGUGGAAACAACAGGUUUGACGGCAUGGUUUAUCUGUACCAGGGGAAGAGCGGUGGCCGGAGCAUUGACGUUGAGAUCAGCUUGGAGGCUGGCGCUAUGGAGAAGUUGGAGAAAGACCAAGAAUUUCUCCUCAAUGUUUAAUUGCUAAAUUUAUUGUUUUUUCUCCUAAAAAAGAAGAUAAUAAAGUUUAAUAACUGACUUAGAUUUGGAUUCAGUUGGGGUUUAUUUACAGAUUUUGGUUCUUUAUGAUCAAGCAACAAGUGCUAAAAUCAUGAACGCCAAUUGUAUGGUGCAAUCUGUGUGUGUUUGUUUGUAGUCGGAUGGUUUAUUUUGUUGUUAUUUAUCUUUCUUCUUGGAAUUUGUUGAUCUUGGUUAA